AUGUCAACAUACAGUACAUCCCUCACUGCACAAGAUCCUCAAACCCACCGAGUUUCUGCCCCUGGAACACCUCAACUUCUCUCUCAGCCAGGAACGCCAAAUCACGAAUCAUCCCAUACAAGUACACCAAGUAACCGAUUCUCAUCGCCAGGUGAAGCUUCUUCAAUUUCAGAUGGUUUAGAUAUUGUACCUCCAAGACAGCGCCGAUUUAAAAGCGCUAGGCUUAUUGGCGACUAUGAAAAGCCAUGGCUAGAAAAGAUUGCUACAGAGGGAAAACGCAAGAAAUGGUCUGGACGAACUUGGGAUUCAAUAAUUUUCUGGACAAGUAUUGUCAUUGGCUUUGGGCUUGGAGGCAUCAUUUGCUACACUGGAUUUACAUCAGUUCCAAACAACUCAUACUGUCUUAUGUUUGAAGAUGAUUUUCACAACAUAGACCCUAGUAUAUGGAGUUAUGAGAUUCAACGGGGCGGCUUUGGCACUGGAUCCUUUGAAUGGACCACCAACGAUCCCCAAAACGCUUAUACUGAUGCUGAGGGGCUUCAUAUCGUUCCAACAUUGACAGUCAAUUCAACAAAUAUUACACCUGCUCAGAUUUUAAACGGGUAUACAUUAAACUUGACUACCGACAAUAGGCCUGAUGGCGUGUGUACGUCUGAUGAUGCGGGAUCGUCUUGUUCUAUGUACAGCAAUAUUACCGCCGGUACCAUUAUAAAUCCAGUCCGAAGCGCAAGGCUGUCGACCAAGGGGAAGAAAACUAUCAAAUAUGGCAAAAUUGAAGUCAUUGCAAAGAUGCCAAAGGGUGAUUGGUUAUGGCCAGCGAUAUGGAUGAUGCCAGAAGAUUCUGUUUACGGACCGUGGCCUGCUAGUGGUGAGAUAGAUCUCGCUGAAAGCAAAGGUAAUGAUGGGGCUACAUACGAUGGAGGUCGAGACAGCAUUAUCUCUGCUUUGCAUUGGGGCCCAAUCCCUCAAGUAGAUGCCUUCUGGAAGACAGAUGGAAAACACAAUAUCCGACGAACCGAUUAUAGUGAAAGCUAUUAUACAUACGGCCUUGAAUGGAGUGAAGACUAUAUCUUCACCUAUAUCAACAGUCGUCUCUUGCAAGUAUUCUACCUCUCUUUCAGUAAGGGAUACAACAGUAUGUGGAAUAGAGGAGAAUUCGGUAAGACAAUUGUGAAUAACUCGGCAUUACAUGAUCCAUGGAGUCAAACGGGGAAUCCAGCCACUCCAUUUGACCAGGCCUUCUAUCUUAUUCUGAACGUGGCAGUGGGCGGGACCAAUGGAUACUUCCCUGAUAAGGUUGGCAACAAACCGUGGGGAGAUGCUAGUCUGACGGCCCCAGCAGAGUUCUGGAACGCUUCAAGUCAGUGGGGCUCAACGUGGGGGCCGCCCGAAGACAGAGGAAUGACAGUCAAAAGUGUCAAAAUGUAUUCGCAGGGCGCUUGCGGAAGCCCGAGCUGA